AUGAUGAUAAGAAAAAUGCUUGUUCUUAUUGGCCUGUUUUAUUUAUCUGAAUCAAAAGAAAAUCCUUUUAUGCCUAACUUAUCUUUGGGAGAAUAUCGUACGGUAUUUGAUAAAGUAUAUCCUUGUGAAUCAACAAAAAACCAUUUAUUUCAAUAUAAUGUUUAUUUUAGUAAAAAGUCAUUAAAUAUAACUGAGUUGAGAGGCAAUAUAACAUUUUUGAUACCUUUUGAUGAUAAUUUUAUACUUGAAUUAAAUAUUGCGUCUUGGAGUUUAACUGGCGGCUGGAAGCCAAAUUCAGCUGUAUACAUAACAAAAAAUGCAUGUAGUAAAAUGAAACUUAUCCUAGGAAAAGCAUGGUUUUCUAUGACAAAGACAUUUAAUAUAAAAAAUGAUUGUCCUUUGCCAGUGGGCACAUACAUUUCAUCAGGUAUUGACUUGAAGAAAUUAGAAGAUCAUAACUUACCCAAAGUAUAUUUUUAUGGAAAAUACAAAGCCGUAUUUAAGAUAAAGAAUACAGAAAAUAAAAUUCUAGGAUGUGGUGUAUUCGAGCUGAAUCUUAUACGACCAUGGGAAAAACCAAUUUGA